GAACUUCUUGGCAUAUUCUAUAUAAUCAGUUGUGAACUUUGACAUGCCUAUAUUAUAUAGAUUGACAUGCGCACGCACACAUAACCCCAGACAAGAGUGAGACGACGUAAAAGGAACCGGUAACGUUGUUGCAGACGCUUUCUUUGAUAUGCUUCGGUUUUCUAGAUUCUCAGUUUAGUUGUCCGCUUCAAACGAUCGGAGCUUAAGAAAUUUUGUGGCGAGCCGUUAAGACAGUUCGUUCCCAUGGACCACGAAGAGUAGACAACAUUUUUUUUUUAAACAGUGGACUUUAUAUUAAUUGUACUGUUAAGGUUUUAAAAACCUUUCAACAAGUUGACGUACUAUUUUUUUUAAACAAACGACGAUAUGGGUCAAUUCACUAGACGACAGUGGCUAACGCUCAUAGUCAUUAGUAUAGCCGAUUUUUGCAAUGCUAUCUGCGUAUCCCUGCAAGCUCCGUUCUACCCUGCUGAGGCUGAAAGAAAAGGCGCUACUGCAACCGAAUAUGGCUUGGUAUUUGGAAUUUUCGAAUUGGUUGUGUUCAUCAUCAGUCCUUUCUACGGUCAACGAAUCAACCAAAUCGGACCGAAACUUAUGUUCAAUGGUGGUAUACUUACCACUGGAACUUGUGCCAUAUUUUUUGGCUUUCUCGACAGAGUCGAUGGAAGAUAUCCCUUCAUCAUAUUGUCCUUCGUUAUACGAAUUGUCGAAGCUCUGGGCAACGCCGCGUUUCUAACGGCAAGUUUCGCCAUCAUAGCCAAGGAAUUUCCCGAUAAUGUCGCGACAACUUUUGCGAGUCUCGAGACGUUCUUCGGCUUGGGUCUGAUCGUUGGUCCAACUGUUGGCGGAGCCCUUUAUCAGAUUGGGGGCUACACAACACCGUUCGCUGUAUUGGGUUUUGCUCUCUUCAUGGCUGCUGUGAUCACAGCUUUCGUACUUCCGGUUAAAAAUAAUACGGAAGAAACCAGUCAUAACAUGGAAGGAAAGUACAUGAAGGUACUACGGAUUCCUGGAGUGAUGGUAGCUUCUGCGUCGAUAAUCGCAACGAGCAUGAGCAUAGGCUUUUUGCAAGCCACCCUGGAACCUCACCUACGUAAAUUCGAGCUGAGCCCGGUCGUACUGGGCAUCAUGUUCGUGAUCAACGGAGGCACUUACGCCGUCACAGCGCCGGCCUGGGGUUGGCUGUGCGACAAGCACGCGAGGCCGAAGGUGGCCACCGUGGCUGGCUGCGUCCUCACGGUCAUCGGUUUUGGUCUCAUUGGUCCGGCACCGUUCAUUCCCAGUGGAACCAUGCUUUGGGUCACGAUAUCCGGCCUGAUUAUUCACGGCUUGGGGAUGUCUGCUCAGCUCGUAGCUAGUUUCACCGAUGCCCUUCGAACGGCCGUCGACCACGGAUUCCCGAACAACCUCGAAACUUACGGCUUGAUAAGUGGAUUAUGGACGAGUACAUUUGCCCUGGGGGCCUUCAUUGGACCGAGCAUCGCCGGUAUCCUAUUCGAUAACAUAGGCUUUCGGAACGCUUCCAUGUUCAUUUGUGCGCUCCACCUCAUCGUCGGUGUCGUGGCGUGCGUAUUCCUCUGCUGCUACGAGAGGAAGGGACCCAAGCUGUACACGGAGCUGGGCAUCGCUGAAAAUUUGAGAUCGUCGAUUACCGACAGCGGUCGCUCGCACAGCAUGAGCAUGAGCGGCCGAACGUCCGCCGCGCGAAUGGCCGCCGUCCAGAGCAUGCCCGUCGACCGGCCGAGCUUCAUGAACUCCCUCAUCGCCUGCAACAGCUACUCGAAUCGAGCCAACGCCUGGUCGCGAACCUCCUGCAGCGGACGCUUCGGCUACGGGAGCAUCGAGCACAAUAAUAAGCGACAGACCUUCGAGAGGACAACGCUGACCUUCCUAUGAGCUACAGAAAUGAGGAUGCAAAUGAUGCGGGACACCAAUUUGAUCGAAAAGAAUUUCCCUUUUAUGUGAUCUUAAUAACUUUGGUCCGGAACCAUAUUUUUUUAUAAGAAUAGUUUUCAAAAAAGAAAUCCAAAAUAUAACAUGAGGAAGGAAAGAAAAAUUUGCAUUAGCCUCGAAGAAAGUCGCAAAGCUCAAACUUUUAUUCAGACAACUUCUCGUACCAUGUGCCAAUUUCGUAUCGACUUAUUUUUCAUCAUUUGCUUUCAAACAACUAGACACAACGGAGAAAGAAAGAGCAAAAGAGAGAGAAAAAAAGAUAUAGAAUGCGAGUAAGAAUUGAUACGAAUUUUGACAUUUUCACUGCAAAGUAGUUCAUUUUCACAGAUAUUAUCUUGACUAUUAUGAUUUUACCGAAAAACUACGCAAACCCGUGACACUCUUAGCCUACCGCAUAUUGACUAUUAUUCGAGUCAAGGUCGGUUUUAUAAUUUUAUAUUCUUAUUGUAUAGUUGAAAGAUACGCUAAACACCGAGAGCCUACCCGAGAGGCAACAAUGGCAAAAAUCCAUAAAAGGAGAGAGAAUAAAAGAUUAUAUUCGUCGCUUCUUUUUACAAUGUUGCUAUAAUGAUAUUUCAUGUAUAUUCGCGAGACGUCCUGAUCCUUUUUCUUCGCAGUCGCAAUUUACUCGUGCAUGCGUACCCUUUUGCCGACUUAUCAAAAGUUCCAAUUCUGCGAACUUCAAGGCAAGGAUCACCCAUGGCCAAAAUCGAUGUUUUAUUGUGUCUGUCGCAGAAUAAAUUAUCAUCCGUGCCUUAGCUUCUGCAUCUAAAACUAAUAAUAAAUGUAUGCAUGGAAUUCGGUCGAAAAUAUUUGCUAUUUUAUUUACCGUAGGUGUAAAGUUUGUGAUAUGUGACGAAUUAGGAUUCGAUGUUUUUUCUUUUCUUCGGCGAAUGUAUAUUUUAUAUCGAUAUACUUACUACCUAUAUAUUAUAUUUUUAAGAUUUUUAUGAUGUCGACUCCGAUACAUUUAAACUUACAUAGCUUUUAUAAAUUUAUUGUUUAACUACUAAAUAACAUUUAUGUACAAUCUGUCAAAGAUCAAAUGAAUUUUCGUUGUCAAGGGACAGCAAAAAUUGUAUGAUUGACAAUGCGAUUAAUAAUAUGCCAAAGCCAAGGGAAAAUUUUUUGUUCUCAACCUUGGCUCUGGCAUCUCUUUAAUACUCGCGCAAAAAUUAAAAAAAGACAGAUCGUUGAAUCAAUUUUUUUUUUUAAAUUGUGAAACUUUUGUAUAUUUUAGGCGCAUUAUUUAAUUUUUUCUUGCGUAAACAAAUAUGUGAGUUUAUGCAAGGUCAACGAUCGAAUACAGGUCACAAUACUUAGCAAUCAUCUCAGUCUGCUUUCUACGUAAUUUAAAUAAUGCGAGUUAAGAUUAAGCUUUAUAAAAGUCAUUACAUUUGGCUACCAAAGUAGAUUUGUUAAAAUUACAGGUGCGUACGACAGAUUUAUAAGCGCAUUUCAUUGAAAAUUUCUUGUCAUCGCAACAAUAUUUGUCCUCAUGAAGAAAAUUGUAAAUAAAAUUGUUAUCCAUUAACAAACAA